UAAUGCAACUUUCAAGGAUUCAAGCUGCCGGUAAACAACACCGAAGAAGAAGAAGAAGAAAUAGCCCGCUAGUAGUACGCAUUGCCAUGACUCCAGAUGAUUUGAAAUCAGAAUGGAGGAAGAGGCGAAGACAGACUCUCUUGCCCUGGAAUGCUUUAUGUCUGAUCACCAAGGCUUCUUUGGUAGCAUCAAAAACUCAACUAGAGACUUUGUAGUGACUGAAAUAAAUAUCAGCGGUCAGUUAGUAACUGAAACAACUUUGUUGGAGCAUGUCACGCCUCAGCUCUCCGACGGCAGCGGACAGGUGUGUCUCGGUGGCGAAUUAAAGAUUGAGGGACAGGUCAGCACUUUAACGACAGACUGCGCCAGCGAGGAGACUGAUUCCACGCCGGGGGAACUUGACUGUGCCGUGGUAGACUGUCGUAACUCGGACACCACUGCAGCAUGCGACGAUGUUUAUGAUCUGGAGGGAGUUUUGGGUCAUGCCGUGAACGAAGCACUGGAGCAGUUUGCAGCAUCGGCGCGCGAUGCACCCCGACUGGUUGAAACUGCGAAGAGCGCAGAACUAUCCCUGGGCAUGUUUCCAGAGAAACACCAGCGAGCCCUCGUGCAUCGCGCCGUACGGCACUUCUUCCCCUUCUUAAUGACGCUGACGAACAAGACCGAGGUUCUGGUGAAGGAGGACCCCGAUUACGAAGAGCUGGCACGACUGGUUUCAGAGGAGGAGGCUGAAGAUUUCUUUCGGUUUAUAGACGCCAAAGUCCCGAAUGCGUCGUUCACGUUCGCGCAGGACGACAGCAAAGAGCACAGGAAGGCGUUGCAUCAUUUUCUCAGCAAACGUUUCGGUAAACUGGUGGAAACCAAGAGCUUUAGCGACGUCGCCGGUCAUGGCCUGCAGAAAACUUCAAUCACUGUGCGGUUCAGAGCGAGAUCAAAACCAGGCAAGAAGAGGACAGCUACCGAUUGUCAGGAAGAGUGUGCUAUUUACACAGGGUUCACGCUGCGGAAGGAGAACCUGGAGACGCUGGAGGCGAUAGGCUACAUGGCCGCUCUGCUCGGCGUGCUCCCGUCGGACUUCACCUACGCCGGCAUCAAGGACAAACGGGCCCUGACGCACCAGUCCAUGGUGGUGAAGAAGAUCUCCCCGGAGCGGCUGACGCAGAAGAGCCCCGAGUUUGAGAAGAAGGGGAUCCAGCUCUCUCACAUCCAGCCCGUCUCCCAGCCCCUCCACCUGGGCAGGCUGAGGGGGAACCGGUUCCAGCUGGUCGUCAGGGACCUCCGGCCCCACGGGCCCGGCUCCGGCGCCGACCUGCCGCGCCUCGUCCGCGAGGCUCUGGACAACGUCGAGGCGAGGGGCUUCGUGAACGCGUACGGGCCCCAGAGGUUUGGCGCUGGCCAGGGCGUGAAGGCGGACCAGGUUGGGCUGGCCCUUCUUAAAGGGGAAAUGGUGACAGCUGUCCGGCUGUUCUUUACUCCAGACGAUGGGGAUGACCUCCAGAACAGGGCCAAGAACCACUUCCUCCAGACAGGCAACGCCAAAGAGAGCCUGGCCCUGAUGCCGGGGCACAAGGUUCGAGAGCGGCUCAUGCUCCGCGCCCUGCACCGCUACGGGACGGGGCGGGAGGGGUGCGCCCGCGGCUGGCUCAGCCUCCCCCACGGCACGCGGGCCUUCUACGUCCACGCCUACUGCAGCCGCGUGUGGAACGGGGCCGCCGCCUGCCGCCUGCGCCGGCUGGGCCGCGGGGCCGCCGCCCUGCGGGGCGACCUGGUCUGGACCCGGGAGGGGCGGGGGCGGGGCCAGGGCGGGGAGCAGACUCCCCAAAAGGUUCACGUUGUGACGGCCGCAGAAGAGGCAGAAGGUGUGUUCUCCCUCAGUCAGGUGGUUCUGCCCAUGCCCGGGAACGCCGUGAAGUACCCGGAGAAUGCGCUGGGGCCCUGGUACCGGGAGAGGCUGGAGAGGGACGGCUUGCGCGACUGCAGGUUCCGGGUCACUCCCCUCAAGCUGAACGUCCCGGGCUGCUACCGCCCCCUGCUGGCGUACCCGCGGAACCUCACGCGCCGGCUGCAGGGUGUCCCGGGCGGCGGACCUGCGGAGCGCGACGACCCGCUGGCGCCCCCCGCAGGGCCCAGCCUGGCGCUGUCCUUCGACCUGGACGCCUCCUGCUACGCCACGGUCUGUCUCCGGGAGAUCAUGAAGUGCGACCCGUGAGGCGAGCAACCCCCCCCCCCCCCCCCCCCCCCAUCCAGUGCCAGCUCGAAAAACUUCAAACGACAUGGAUUCUCAGGUGUCCGUUUCUGCAUCGUUCUGGACACAAUUGCAGAGGCGCCUGUACGUACGGACGGGCGCGUCACGCGUCACUUCCUGUGGUUGCACAAACAAAUUUGUCUUGUUCUUAAUUCAGAAGCCGGUGCAAAUGUCCAAAUGUUAUGUUUCUUGGGACGGUAAAGUGUAAUAAUGCAAUUUCCAUUUGUGAAUUUCAACACGGUAAUAAAAUAAUCUUUCUGCUUUGACAGCUGUUGUUCCUGUUACUGACUACAGGGGGCAGCAGUCACACGCAGGUGCUUUGUUCUUGUACAUUCAGACCAUCACAUGGUAUUUUACCAUCAACUCGGUUCCACGAGUGCUUUAAAGGGGAAAGAUGGCAGUAACGCAACUUUCAAGGAUGCAAGCUGCCGGUAAACAACACCGAAGAAGAACUUGCGAAUGUUCUCCACAGCUACAGCGUUUGAGAAGAAGGAAGGCGAUUGGGAAACCCCAGAGGAAAAUUUUGGGGAAGAGCUGUCACCCAGUCUGCUGCCGUGAAGUUUGGCCUUGGCGAUGAAGAGGAUGAAGAUGAUGACUGCCGCCUCCCUGAGAGGAGCUGGGAAAUCAAGAAGGUGAGUCCUCAAAAAUGGAAGAGAGCAAAUAGAAGAAACAGGGCUCAAACCUUCAACCUCAGCAUUCAGACCCCAUGUCAGUGCCACCACACCACCAUCAUCUUGGUGGUCUCUCUGGUUCCAGCAGUGCACAGAAGCUUGUCUGCAGAAGCAGGAAGUCCCCAAAUGGAGGCACUGUUGAAAUCAAGAAGCUGACUCCUCAGAAAUGGAAAAGGGAAGAGGAGGAAUCGGGGCUCGAACCCUCAACCUCCACAUUCAAACCCCAUGUCAAUGCCACCACACCACCAUCAUGUCCGGGUUCUCAGUCGGUAGUUUCCAGUGCUCUACAGAGACAUUAUCAAUCGGAUGAGAUUUAUAGAUGAAGAGAGUCAAGAGGAGAGAGCUGGGCUCGAACUCUGUACCUCUGUAGCCAGAGGCGGAGACACUACCAUUAAGCCACGGUGGGAUUAACGAGUUCGGCGGUGAUUUUUUGGAUAGAAGAAGAUGAGCCCAGAGGGACAAAAAUAGGGAAGAGCUCUGAAUUAACCGAAUAACCCCGCAUCCAAAGACGACAAUUUUCACAACACUAUUAUCUUUGAUAUGGUUUUGGAGUCUCUGUGGGAGGAGGGGGCAGGGUUCAGGGGGUGGGGGGAAAGGAGAGGGAGGGAAAUUGAACUUGCAUCCUUCUGCUUUGUGGAGCGAGGUCCUGUUCCCUGCACCACAGAGCUCAUCAAGGUUUAUACAGACAUAAACAGGAAGAGGUCAGCCUUGAGUCACAGAUCCAGAGCAGGUGCUCUCCCUCUUGAGCAGACAGGCAAGGCCAGACAAGAGAAGUCAUCAUGCGUAUAGCUUUAACACAAACACUUUCAUUAAAAACUCUAAUAUGUGUUUGCUUUCUUUUAAAGUGUUUUAAAAUGUAAAACACGUAGAAUUAUGUCCCUAAAACACGAAGAAGAGACUGUGGCGAAAUAUAAACCCACAGCAUAUCGUAUGUAAGCUACUUUGUGAAGCUUUUGUUAUAUGUAAGGAAUGCUUGUGCUGUUGUUAUUUGAAGUCCCAUCCAAUCAGAUGAUCUAAUUACUGGGGUAAAGGUGUGCCUGCAGGUAAUUAGUUGGUUUAAAAUGAUGCCUUUGAAUGUUUUCCUUCACCGUGAUUAAAAUGAGAUGGUUAAGCUAGCCGGUACUACAUUUCUGAGAACACUGAUCUCCUCUGCUUUCAUGAAGUGCUGUGGAUGUGUGCUGGGGACAGGGCUUGUAAAUGCACAUUAUUUUUAUUUAAUGAAAGAUAACUCAGUGUAUGUUCUGCAGUUUCAUUAAUCUUUGAAAGAUGUGCUGUCAUUGCUCAAUAAAAAAUACACAAUAAGAACA